AGUCGAGCGUGGAUUUGUGCGGCUCGCGUUUCAUUUCGGAAGAGGACAAGCAGAGACCCCCUGCUAAAGAUGGCUGUGCUGUACAAGGACCUGGCCAAGACGGCGGAGAAUGUCCUGCGCGAUGACUACGACUUUUCACGGAAGCUCAAGAUCAAAAGCAAGGCGUCGAACGGUGUGUCGUUCACAACAGAGGGCGCCCUGAACGGCAACAAGUCGAUCCUUGCCAAGGUCUCCGGCGGCUUCACGCACGGUGCCAGCGGCGUUGUCUUCAAGAAGCUGCAGAUUACCACUCAGGGCCGCGUGGUUACGGAGGCUGAGCUGCCUAACGUGCUGACUGAGGGUCUUAAGCUCACUUUCAAGCUCGAGGAUGGCUCUGUCGCGAAGAACACGAACGCGAAGCAGGUGGGCGUGCUCGGUGCCGAGUACAAACAGAAGAACCUGGCCGUAAACUCGGAGGCCGAUUUCGUGUCCAACACGGUCUCGGCUGCGGCCGUGCUCUCGCAGGGCGGCUUUGCCGUUGGUGGCCAGACUGCGUUCAACGUGGACAAGUCGAUCAUCGUGCAGCACAACUUUGGCGCUAGCUUCACGGGCGCUGACUUCGUCACGUCACUCGUGACCAAGAAGAACUUCGCCGCCCUUCAGGCCUCGUUCCACCACCAUCUGUCGCACAACACGGUGUACGCCGCCGUGCUGGACUACGACCUCAAGUCGGCCUCCAACACGCUCGUUGUGGGUGGCCGAUACAAGGCCGACGCCGACACCACGUACUGCGGUAAGAUCGAUUCGGAGGGUUUCCUUUCGCUUGCCUCCAUCCAGAAGGUGCGUCCGUACGUCACUCUGACCACCAGCGUGCACGUGGACGCCAAGAACUUCGAGGGUGACUCGCACAAGUUCGGUCUGGGCUUGACGCUAGGCUAAGCCUGCAGCUUGGCCCGCCGGCGGAUUCUGCCGUUGUCUAGAAGAGAUCAGUUUAUAGGCAUCUCAAGCAGAGAGAAUCGCGAGAAGAGGCGGGAGAAGAGAGGUAUAAGCAAAAAGAGAGCACGUUUCUUGUGGAGUACUC